AUGGCAACGAGAACGAAGAAACAACGUCGACGGAGGCCCGGGGGGACCUUCUUCGCCCUUUACAUUUACACGAACAGCUUGGGCAAGAGCGAAAGGGUGAGCGGGACUCUUGGAAGUCUUGGCGGGCCUUGGCGGGCCUUGGCAGCUCUUGGCGCUGAGAAAUAGGUUCUGCGCCAUAAAAGAGACUUUGGCUCGGUGCGGCCGACCAUACAUCACACAAGUACCGCACUAACAGAGACACACCACCCCGUCAGGCAAAUAUGAGCCUGCCAAGAUAUGCCAAGCCUUGGCGGGCUUGGCAUUGCCCCUCGUCGCAAGGCUGUCAUUGGCCUCGCCGUACGCUGGGCGGCCACCCGAGUACUGUGCACCACCUAUCGGCUCCUCCUUUGCGCUUUUCAGCAUUGGCACACACACGCACGCUCUUCUCUCGUUCGCCCGCUCUGCUCCAGCCGCUGCUAAGCUUUUCGGGUCAGCAGGUACCUUAACGUAG